CAGGCGACCGCGGGCGAUGGCGGCGGCCAAGGCGUCGGCCGCGACGACGAGGGCAUGAUGCGCCUCGCCAUCCAGGAGGCGCGGAAGGCGAUGGCGGCUGGCGAGGUGCCCGUCGGCUGCGUCUUCGUGGACCGGCGCGCCGGCCGGGUGCUGGUCGCCGGGGGCAACGAGACCAACAGGUCCCGCAACGGGUCGCGGCACUGCGAGGUGGUGGCCGCGGAGUUGGCGUUGCGGACGCACGGUGCGGAUGCUCUGAGGGACAGCUGCCUGUACGUCACCCUCGAGCCGUGCAUCAUGUGCGCGGGGGCCCUGCAGCACCUCGGCGUGCCCGAGGUCGUCUUCGGGGCCCCGAACACGCGCUUCGGCGGCUGCGGCGGCGUGUUCGCGGUGCACGAGCUGCGGGCGCCGGCCGCCGGGCGGGCGGCGGGCGGCGAUGCCCCGCGGGAGGCGCCGCGGCCACGCCGCGGGGCAGAGGCGCACCUGCGCGGCUUCUCGUGCCGCAGCGGGGUGCUCGCCGACGAGGCCGUGGAACUCCUCCGCGAGUUCUAUGCCUCUGGGAACCCCAACGCGCCCGACGAGAAGAGGCACCGGCCGCUGUCGGGCGGCUGAGGCCCCUGGCGCCGCCGCCGUGGUGCGGCGAAAAAGAG